UCACAGUUGUUCGUGUGUAUUGCAUGAUGGGAAUUUAUGCUGUUAUAUUUUAGUUGUUAUUUUCUAAAUGACAGAACUUUUGGAACUUAUUAGAAAUUUUCAUUGCACGUUAAUCGCAAAACAAAAAAUAUCAAUUACAGGAGGUGCAUAUCAGUUGAAUUAUGGAGCAGAAUAAAAAUGAUGCUGUAACGAUUGUUACUGCCCAAGAUCAUACAUUUGAAUUGAAUGAAGAUAAUUUGAUCUCCGUUCUCUUGAAACCGAACAUCAGAGAUAAAAAAGUUGUUGUUGUUUCAGUAGCUGGAGCUUUCCGUAAAGGGAAAUCUUUUGUAUUAAAUUUCAUGUUGAGAUAUUUGGAAGCAAAAGGUAGCCCUGAUUGGUUAGGAAAAGAAGAUGAACCCUUAAAAGGCUUCUCAUGGCGUGGUGGGUCAGAAAGAGAUACUACAGGAAUACUUCUGUGGAGUGAAGUUUUCAACAUCACAAUGCCAACGGGUGAAGAGGUAGCUGUUCUUUUAAUGGACACUCAGGGGGCAUUUGAUAGUUCUUCAACUGUCAAAGAAUGUGCAACAGUAUUUGCUUUAAGCACUAUGAUAAGCUCUAUUCAGGUGUACAGAUAAUCAGAAAGUAUCCAAGAAAAGGGGUUGCAGUAUUUAAUAUUAUUUGGAUUAUUCACUGAAUAUGGAAGAUUAGCAAUGGAAGAAUGUGAUGAUAAGCCUUUUCAGAAACUUUUGUUUUUGGUUCGAGAUUGGAGCUUUCCUUAUGAAGCAGAAUAUGGUGCAACAGGUGGAAAAAAGAUUUUGGACAGGAGAUUGGAGCUAUCAGAUAAACAGCAUCCUCAGCUUCAGCAGCUACGAAAACACAUUAGAAAUUGUUUUUCUGAAGUUGAGGGUUUUCUCAUGCCACAUCCAGGUCUGGAGGUAGCCACUAGUCCACAUUUUGAUGGCCGCUUGACAGAUAUUCGCUCUGAGUUUAAAGAUUCUCUUCAGGAAUUUGUGAAGCUGCUUUUGUCUCCUUCCAGAUUAGUUCCAAAACAAAUUGGUGGUCAGUAUGUUACUGCAGGAGAACUAAUAAAUUAUUUUAAGGCUUAUGUUGAAAUUUUUAAAGGUGGGGAACUUCCUGAGCCAAAAUCAAUGCUGAAUGCAACUGCAGAAGCCAAUAAUCUUUCAGCUGUGGCCAGUUCGAAAGAAUUUUACAAUAGUGAAAUGGAAAAGAUUUGUGGUGGUGAUCGUGCAUAUGUAAGCCCUGAAACUUUAAAUAAAUAUCAUCAAGAAAUACGUUACAAUGCCUUACAGAAGUUUUCUGAAACAAAGAAAAUGGGAAAUGAAGAGCUGGAAAAUACAUUUAGAGAAAAACUAAUAAAGGAAAUCGAUGAAAUGUAUAGCAGUUUUGUUCGUUUUAAUGAUGGAAAACAAAUAGCACAUGUAAUUCGAACCCCUGGUACUUUGGCUUUCAUCGGUCUUAUUUGUUAUUUGAAUUCAGCACUACUACGAGCUUUAGGAUUAGAAACUUUUGCAGUUUCUGUCAACUUCUUCUUGAUAAUGGCUGUGGUUGCUCUGUCUGUCUGGGUCUACUGUAG